AUGCCAUUAUUGAAUGCAACAAUCACAUCCGAACUUACUGGCCAAGAAGAGCUUCGACACUACUGCAACAAAUGCACCCGCUUCUUUAGGAAUGAUGCAGGAAUCAUUACGAGCAAGUUUUCCGUUGUUGUUACUGAUGGGGUCACCAUUGGCCACCCGUGCUGCGCCAUCCAUAACUGUCAUGUGCCUCUUGACAACAACCGACAUCACUAUUGCCCAAUGCAUACACCCACUCAUGGCCACAAAUGUGCUAUUGUCGGCUGCAGCAAUGAUGCCCUUGUCAAGAGCAAGGUUUGCCACCUUGUGGAGCACAAAGCGGUUGAGAGUACGCACCAACUUCGAGGGCAAAGCCGUUUCCAACUUCAGCAGCAUCUUCAGCGAUCCCAACUUGCAAAUCCCACAGAUUCUAUUGCACAGGAUGUGUCAUUGGAUGAACUCAUUGAUGAUGCCCCUCUUGAGGAGGAUUUAACACUUGCUGUAGAUGCUGAUGGGAAUGUACAAGCUUCUGUAGCGCAGGACAGUCCUGCUGUCAGUAGCCAUAAGCUCCGCGCACAAUUUGGGCGCCGGCGCACGCAUAAUGAACAGCUGAUCAUUGCCCCAUGUGGGAUGAUACUUGCAAGGGAGACAUUUUAUGGAGCGGAAGGUGUUGGAAGUGUUGUGGUAUGUAAGCAUUGUCAGUGCUACAAAUGGCCUGCUAAUAUGAAUGGUCCAGGAAAUGAUUAA